GGAGUUUGCGGCUGCUGUGGGCCGCUGAGGCCGAGGUACAAACGCCUGGUGGAUAAUAUCUUCCCUGAAGAUCCUAAAGAUGGCCUGAGUAAGUCGGACAUGGAGAAGCUGACCUUCUACGCCGUGUCAGCUCCAGAGAAGCUGGACCGGAUCGGAGCGUAUCUGGCUGAGAGGCUGAGCAGAGACGUGGUGCGACAUCGCUACGGCUACGUGGUGAUCGCCAUGGAGGCUCUGGACCAGCUGCUGAUGGCGUGUCACUCUCAGAGCAUCAAACCCUUCGUGGAGAGUUUCCUGCACAUGGUGGCCAAGCUGCUGGAGUCCCGAGAACCAGACCUGCAAGUCCUGGGAACCAAUUCGUUUGUGAAGUUUGCCAACAUCGAGGAGGACACGCCGUCUUACCACCGACGCUACGAUUUCUUCGUCUCCCAGUUUAGCGCCAUGUGCCACUCGACCCAUGAAGACGCAGAGACCAGAACCAGGAUCCGUGUGGCGGGGAUCAAAGGGUUGCAGGGCGUCGUGAGGAAGACGGUGAACGACGAGCUGCAGGCGAUCAUCUGGGAGCCGCAGCACAUGGACAAGCUGAUCCCGUCCAUGCUGUUCAACAUGCAGGACAGCGACGACCUGGACAGGUACGACACCCGGCGGGGGCACCCGAGCACGCCGUCGGUAGCGGGUCAGGAUGGAGAGGAGAACCCUGCAGCGUUGGCUGAAAGCUGCUUCAGAGAGCUGCUGGGCCGAGCGGCGUACGGGAACAUGAACAACGCCGUGAGACCUGUGCUGGUUCACCUGGAUAAUCAUCACCUGUGGGACCCAAACGAGUUCGCUGUCUCCUGCUUCAGAAUCAUCAUGUACUCCAUCCAGGCUCAGCACUCCCAUCACGUCAUCCAGCAGGUUCUCAACCACCUGGACACCAACAACAAGAACACGCCGCGGGUCCGAGCCGGCAUCGUCCAGGUUCUCCUGGAGACGGUCGCCAUCGCUGCCAAAGGAUCCGUGGGUCCCACCGUGCUGGAGGUCUUCAACACUCUGCUCAAACACCUGAGGAUGAGCGUGGACUUCGAGCUCGGCGAGACUUCGAGGAGAAACUCUGGAGUCAGCGUCUCGUCCAACCGCGGCAAAGAGAGCGAGGAGCGAAUCGUACAGAACGCCAUCAUCCAGACCAUCGGGUUCUUCGGUGGAAACCUGCCAGACUACCAGCGAGCCGAAGUCAUGAUGUUCAUCAUGGGCAAGGUGCCCGUCUACGGGACCCCCUGCCACCAGUUGGACACCGUGAAGAUCGGUCAUCAGGGCACCAAGAGGAUCCAGGCGAUGCUGCUCAGCUCUCUCAUCAUGGUGACGUCGGGCUUCAAGUCGAAGUCGAUGGCGGCCGCGCUGCCUCCUCCCUUCCUCGAUCCUCUCUUCUCCAUCUCUCUGAUGGAGGACAGCGAGCUGAGGCAGCUGGUGCUCGAGAUCCUGCACAACAUCAUCGAUCGCCACGACAACCGCGCCAAACUACGCGGCAUCAGAAUUAUUCCCAACGUCGCUGCGCUGAAGAUUAAAAGAGAAAAGAUUUCCAAACAGGACGUCGCUUUUAUGAAAAAGCAUGGCCAGCAGCUCUAUCGUCACAUCUAUCUGGGCUGCAAAGAGGAAGACAACGUCCAUAAAAACUUUGAGCUGCUCUUCACCACUCUGGCCAUUCUGACCAUCGAGCUGGCCAACGAGGAAGUCGUCAUCGACCUCAUCAGACUCGCCAUCGCUCUGCAGGACAUGGCUCUGGCCAACGAGGAGAACAUGCCGAUGGUAAUCCGCUGUGGCAUCAUGGCGUUAGUCGCUGCGUAUCUGAACUUCCUCAGCCAGAUGAUCGCUAACCCGCCUUUCUGUCAGCACGUCAGCAAGGUGAUCGAGUUGAGGAACCUGGACGCUCCGUAUCUUCUGCCAGAGCACAUCUUCAGAGACAAGUGUCCAAUCCCUGAGUCUUUGGAGAAGGAGGACCGGCCGCUGUACUUCCAGACAGCCGACAUGGCGGAGUGUUUGGCCGGACCGGGAUACAACGCAGAGAGACUGUCCAUCGCUUACGUUCCCCAAGUCACAGAUGAAGAUCGUCUCACCAGGAGGAAGAGUUUCGUAGACACGAUCUCUCUGCAGGUCGACAUCCUGUCCAACAGCCUCCCAGACAAGUCGCAGCUCGCUGAAGAAAUCACGUUUGAGACUCUGAAGAAAGCCAUCGACACUACGGGUCUGGAGGAGCAGGAGAGAGAGAAACGCCGUCAGGUGAUGGAGAAGUUCCAGAAAGCUCCGUUUGAGGAGAUCGCUGCUCACUGCGAGUCGAAGGCGAACAUGUUGCACGACCGGCUGGCUCAAAUCUUUGAACUCACUAUUCGGCCUCCUCCCAGUCCGUCCGGAGUGGUUUCCAUCUCAGCGGGACACACACAGCACCAGUCCGUCCCCGUCUACGAGAUGAAGUUCCCAGACCUGUGUGUCUACUGAAAACACACACACAGACACACACACACACACACACACACACACACACACAGAGAGAGAGAACACACCUCUGAGUCGGCUUCAGGGAGGCGAGCAGGAAAACAGAAGAGCAGCGAAACAUUCAAACAUCUAUCCUCCUGAUUUAAAGAGUCCAGAUAAAAAAAACUAAACACUAAACUUCCUCUGAGUAUAAGUGGCAAUCUCAAAGAUCUCUGAAAACAUCUAAAUAAAUGUUUUAUAAG